AUGCUCGCCCAAACACUUUCUGUGGCCGCACUGGUCUUGAGCGUUUCCGCUCAAAGCAUUUCGUCUGAGAGCAUUUCAUCAGCUUCUUCAGCUUCUGGAGGCUCUGGCACGGCUGCUCGAGCCACCACCACCUCUGCCGAUGGCGAAGUACAAACAACGAUUACUGGCCUGAUCGGUAGCCUCACAAGCGGCUUUGCCGCUUCAAUCGUCAAUGCGAACCCUUGCGAAACUACUCUGGCUAUGCAAUGCACAGGCGAUAGCUAUGCUUGCUCCAUAGCAUCAGACGUUGAGAUCAUGGUCACUCAGAACCCAUCAGAAUAUGAGUUUGCCUACGCUACCAGCACCCUCGGCGGGCAAAUCACUCUUUCUCAAAGCUGCUCUUUGGAUGGACCAUCUGGCUCUGCUAGCCAAAUGAUCUGCUCUGCCAGCUAUCGAGUCUCUGCAGGAGGACAAGCGACUGGAUCGACCACCGUUGAGACCUUGACCAACUCGGAUGACUUCAACUAUGGGCAAAUCCCAAUCACUGCUGGUGCUGAGAAGCUGCCCUCGGCUGGCACAUCUUGCACUGUCACUCAAGAGCAAGGCGCUGCGGCACCAACUUGCGUGAGUGAAGUCUACAAGAUCAUCGUUCCCGUCGCUGCCGGCCUUGUCGGCGCCCUGAUCUAG